UUCUACCGGUCACCCCCUUGACUUGCAUGCAGAUCCAUACUCUCUCAUUGGGUCAUCAUCCGACACGACUGCUCCGACCAAUGGGAGACUGCCACCUAUUGCUACUACUACCCCCUCCUGUCAGGAGCCUCAGAUUCACAUGAUGCCUACUCCGGGUGUGCCAAGAUCAUGCACUCAACAAGCUAAUGAAACUUCCAGCACUGCCUCACAUGGUGUGCAAAGUGAUCCAGCUAUUGGGGCUCCCAGUCGAGUAGGAUCUUGUGGGGAAAGACAAACCACCUCUAAUAGUACCCAAGAUGCUCAGGGUCAAGGAACAUCCACUGCCACUGGUCACUCCAGCACAAGUGCUCCCAAGCUUAGAUAUGAUGGUGCCAAAUGUUGGCACCCACCUAAGCCUGGAUUGAAGCGUAUUUCUCAGGUUUUUAAAGAAAACUACAACAAGCCUUGGCUGAGUUUUGAUGAGGCAGAUGAUGAUACUCGAAAAAUAUGGUGGACUGAGUGGAGGGUAAAUUUUAUCUACCUUGUUUUACGUAUUUUACAAUAUUAUAUAUCAUAG